UCCUGUGAGUUCCCAUAUAUAUAUAUAUAGUAGCCUUCCAAGACAACACCACUCACCACUCACCGUAUCAUAGAAAAUUUUCAGCUCGCUCUCAUCAAACUGUAAUUUAUUAGCCAAUUUUUUGUGAUCAAUUUGUCACUUUCUCUCUUUCUGGUCUACCACUACCACUACCAGGCCACAUUUUGAAUCUACCUACGUUAGUAGCACCUCUACUCUGCUUCCACCAGCUAAUCAAUUGCUCAAGAGUGAGCUGAAGAUGACGAUGACAUUGAUGAAGAUGUCGAAGAAGAAAUCAUCAAAUGGUAAUGAUGAUGACGUCGGUCGACCAAGACCAACACAUAGAGCGUGGAAGCUGCUGCGUCUGGCAUUGCUUUGGGCAAGAAAGGGCGGUGUUUUCAGGCGACGCCUCAUGAUGGAACUGCGCGUCGUCCCCAAGUUGCUCAAGAGUAGCUUCGUCCACAUGCUUAUGCACAUGCAGCAGCAGAAGCAGCAGCAGUAUUACUUCGAGCGGCAGCUGUCGUUCGACAAGACCCCAAUUUUCCCCACCCUCAAAACCAAAACCAGCUGCUCCCGCUCCUCCUUCAUGUGCUUCAUCAACAACAUCCCUUGCCUAAACGCACCAUUAGCACUUGAUUAUUUUGAUGAUGAUCAAGUCGACAUGAUUAUCAAUAACCACGGAUAUCAAUCAAACGAUUGCCGCAACUGCUACAAUGACGAUGAUGAUGAAGACGAUGCUAGUACUGCAAGGCAGAGCUUUCUUAUCAAAUGCGAUGAGAAGGAUGAUGGCCGAGAUAUUAUUCAGGAUGAUGAGGAAGAAAGGGUUACUCUUUCUCCUGCUACAGCUUAUAAAAACAAUAUUUACGAGGAGUUAGAGGAAUCGGUUGACAUGAAGGCAGAUGAGUUCAUAGCUAAGUUCUACCAGCAAAUGAAGCUCCAAAGACAGAUUUCAUACCGCAAUUCCAGAUCCAGGGACAAGACAGACAGACAACCAAAACAGUAACUCGCAGGACAGCCAUCGCAUUGCGGCAUUUUUUUUAUUUUGAUUUUGGUUUUGUUUUUGGGUUCAAUUCUGCUCCUCUAGUCUACUUUUACUGUACUGAACUACAUUGUAUUUAUUUUAUAAAAGAAGAGGCAUAGCAUUGCGGCAUAUUUUGUAGAUACUGUAGGCUUAGGCUUCCCAUUACAUUGUAUGUAACAACAAUCAUCUCACACAUACAAGCAGCAGCUUACAACUGAA